AUGGACAACGACCGCGCAUCUGGAAGUCACGAAAAGCACGGGAUGAACGGCCAAACCGACAUCAACGGCGGCGUCAGAUCACCGGACGAUGUCGGAAGAGCUGGCCUGAGCUGUGGAUGGUUGGGUUGUCGACCACGAUGGAUUCAGAAGAUGUGUACCGCUUCGUGGCUUCUCGUCGUCAUGUGUCUUGGCACAUUUUUCCAGGGUUUUUUCGUCAACGGUUUCCUCCCAAGUUCGAUCACUUCCCUGGAGCGUCGUUUCGGCUUCUCCAGUCAGCAAACCGGCCUCCUGAUCAGCAUCUACGACAUCGUCAGCGUCUUCCUAGUCCUCUUCGUCUGUUACCUCGGUGGUCGAGGUCACAAGCUCCGAUGGGUCUCUGUAGGGUGUGUCCUGAUCGCCAUCGCCGCCGGUCUCUUCGCCCUCCCACACUUCACCACGCCGACGUACUCCUACGCCAGUGCCGGUCCCAGUUUCUUCUGCACUACCGGCAACGCAUCGGUUGAUGAAUGUUCGAGUACGACGUCGACGACCACGACGACGAGUUCGGAUUUGUUCAAGUACUACUACGUGUUCGUGGCAGCCAUGGCAGUAGGAGCUAUAGGGGCCCUGCCGAUGUAUACACUCGGACUUGCAGCCCUAGACGAGUCAGUUACGAGUUCCAACAAUGGCAUCUACAUUGGUAUAUUCUACGCUGUGGCAACUUUGGGACCAGGAUGUGGCUUCUUGGUUGCUGGUGUGUGCCUGUCUUACUUUACAGAGCUACGAAUACCAGAAGGGCUUAAUCUAUCGCCCCUUGAUCCUGGUUGGGUAGGUGCUUGGUGGAUUGGUUUCAUCAUAUCUUUCGUCAUGCUCCUCAUCACCGCCGUACCUAUGAGUCUUUUCCCUCGUGAAUUGCCUACCACCGCAAAGAUUCGAGCUGAGAAGGAAGACCAGUCACACAAGAACGCUGGGUCAAACGUGACAAGUCAAGCAGGUUUCGGGACUAAACCCACGGACUUCUUCAAAGCUAUCAAAUACCUGUUCGUCAACCCCACCUUCAUGUUCACCUGUCUCGGAGGCGUUGCCGAUACGCUUAUCAUUAAUUCCUUCGGGACGUUCCUGCCGAAGUUCUUCGAGAACCAGUUCAGUGUAUCUGCAAGCUUGGCUACAAUACUGACAGGUAUCAUCGUGGUCAUCGGCGGUAUCCUAGGAACACUGAACGGUGGUCUGAUCAUGCGCAAAUUCAAACUGAAGGUCAAAGGUAUGCUUCGGCUGAUAAUCGUCUGCAACAUUUUGGCUGGAAUGCUGUUCCUCAUCACCCUCUGGCAAUGUCCAAGGGCAAAACUGGCGGGAGUCACUGCUUCAUAUGAUGACAUGGAGCUUACCGCUACCAACGUCACUCAUUCCUGUAACGCGGGAUGUUCCUGCGCAGAGGACAGAUAUAUUCCGGUGUGCGCAGAUGGUGAUGCCAUGGAAUAUUUGUCACCGUGCCAUGCAGGAUGCAAAUGGGGUUUUUGGAAUGGGACUUUCAUAGACUGUUCUUGUUUGGCGGAGACCGGCCUAGCGGAGUCGACAACGGCUACCUUUGGUGCGUGUUCAUCGCCCUGCCCGUAUUACUAUCCAUUCGUGUAUGCCGCAGUCUGUAUCGUCCUCAUCAUCAUCACCUUCACAACUUCCAUACCAGAGCUCAACGUCCUCUUAAGAAGUGUUCCCGAUACCCAGCGAUCUAUGGCCCUUGGACUGAACUCCCUACUCAAAAGACUCUUGGGCGCCGUUCCUGGCCCCAUUCUGUUCGGAGCGGUCAUCGACGGCGCGUGUCUGCUAUGGCAGGAAACCUGUGGCACUCGAGGCUCAUGCUGGGUCUACGACAAUCAGGGUCUGGCAUGGAGAACCACAGUCAUCGCCGUCGUCCUCAAGCUCGUAGGCGUAUUCCUCUAUGCUCUUGCCUUGGCGCUGUACAAGACCGCAGACAAGGACGAAGAUACGAAAGGCGAUCUCAAAAAGGAAGUUGCUCUUUAAACGAGAUCGCCUACGAACGAUUUUCAAACAAUGGAAAUUCGGAAAGACAAUGGAAAAAAGGGAGAUUCGUACGAACCUUUGUGACCGUAGCAUUAAACAGCCAUGUCCGUUUCCUUUUGAAAUGUGUCAACAUUACAUUGGCAUACUAAUCCGAGAAUGUAGAAAAGGUCCCAUCGUCUUAUUUUCCAGUUCCCUUCCCUUUUUUCUAUUUUUAAAUAUUUGUUUACCUUAUUUUCCUCUUUGAUGAGAGGGGGGGGGGGAUGAGCUCGUGCCCCUCUUAACCUCUCCACUGCACCAAUUCCCAUCUCUACCCCCUUGCUUUUGUAUUUCCCUGGACAAAGGGGAAGAGAGAAUAAGUAAAUAAGGGCCCUCAAAUAAAAAGCAACUCUGUAGCGCAUGAUCGGAUGGCAGUCGUUUUCCGAACUCCAAGGUUCGUUGUACCGAAGGCCCAUAAUUCCGAAGUUUUGUAAUUCAGAAAUACACAUCCAUGCAAGAAGGUUCAUCGUUCCGUAAAUGAAACAGGGUCCGAAAAUUCAUUAAUCCUAAGUUUCACAAAUCCGAAAGUGGAAGAGUGUUCAUUUUCAGAAGUUUCGUAAUUCUAAAAAUGGAUCAGGGUUUAUUAUUCCGAAAAUGAAAUAGUAUUCAUUAUUCUGAAGGUUCGUACUUCUGAGGAAAAAACCCCGAUACAGUAUUCUAUGUCAUUUUCGGAAGUAUGAAACUUCGGAAAAACAACACCACCGUCAAAUUUUGGAGAGGAUUGUGAUUCUUAGUUAUUGUCGUUAUGCUGGAGUUCUUUCAUCUUUGCACCUUUAAGACUGUCAUUUUGCUUACCGCAAUGACCAUGAAAACAAUUUACCAGGAAAUAACUUUUUAUUUCCUGACACACAUAAUUAUGUCGAAAACUAGCCAUAAGUAAAUUUGUAUUUUGUGUAGGUAAUGAUUGUAACACAUUUUUGUAUUCUUAUCUCUUCUUAUUCAAUAAAACUCUGCUUUUCUGCACAAGCGUC